UCAAAAUUAUCAUUAUAAAACAAAAUAGAAAUAUGUUUUAAAAAAAAUCCAAAAAAAAUUAAUUUUAUGAAACACAUAUUCUUUUUUUUUUCAAAAAAAUAAUAAAUGUUUAGAGCUUUUAAAAAUUAAAAAAGAAUAAUGAAAAUCAGAGGCUUAAAAAAAAACGAGAAAAAUACAACUAAUCGUCCAUAUUUUCAAAAAAGACAAGAUAAAUCAUGGGAAAAACGUGCGCAACAGAGAAAGGCUAUCCAAGAAAUGAAAGAAAGAGAAAAAAAGAUAAUACAAGAAAAACAAAAAAUACAAGAGAAAAAAAAAGAAUUAAUUAACAAAAAACUCCAGGCCAAAAAAGAAAAAGAACGCUUUGAAAAAAUGAAAGAAAAGAUGCAUAUGAAAAGAAUUGAACGCUUACGAAGACGAGAAAGAAAAUCUAAACUCUCUCAAAAAUAA